AUGCCUCACGCCCUCCCCCGGGAGCCUUCCUUCAACUUCCACUUCUCAUCCGCAGCUCGACCCACCACCAAGUUCGACUCGAGUACCGUUCAGAUGCAGCUUCCCAUACCUCGCAUAUCAAAUGGCUAUGAGCUGUCAGCGUCCAGGCGGCCCUUGACCCCUCCUGAGUCAACAACUUCAGCAAUCAAGGUUGUAUCAUUACCGCCGAACCAAGGUGUCGGUCAGCAGUUUGGCUACCAACUACCUGCGAUCGGCAACUCUAGGUCAGCAACAGCCACGAUAAGCCCCACCACACAGAGACAAUUGCAGCAACGACCACAAGAAGUCGCCCAGACACCGCGCAAAAAGUGGUCGAUAUCACCCAACCUCCGAAUCCCCUCGACCAUCAGCACACCGCAGGAGGGACUGCCCCAAUUAGCAGCCGAGAUAACGUGCCUUUUUUGGUUCGAAAGCUCCAAGGUCCUGAACCAGGUCACAGAUCCCAAAUUGUCCCCGCACCAGACACAGCCCCUCGUACCGGACGCGAUACCGACCAGCGGAUUCCGCAAAUGGGUAGCAACUAUUUUGACCACGACGCAGGUCGCUCAGAAUGUCAUCCUCCUGGCCCUCCUGUUCGUGUGGAAGUUGAAGCAGACCAACCCUAGCGUCAAGGGCAAGCCUGGUAGCGAGUAUCGACUUUUGACCGUUGCAUUGAUGCUCGGCAACAAGUUUCUCGAUGACAACACAUACACUAACAAGACCUGGGCGGAGGUGUCUGGUAUUUCGGUUCAAGAGGUCCACAUCAUGGAGGUUGAGUUCCUGAGCAACAUGCGGUACAGCCUGUACACAUCGAAAGAGAAAUGGGAAGAGUGGCACAAGGUUCUUGGCAAGUUCGGCACCUUCUACGAUCGAGCUUCGAAGGCCCCUGCGGCUGGCAAGAUUAGCCCACCCACGCCCUCGCUCGCGGUUCCACAGAACUUCAUUCCAUCUCCCACGAAUCUGCAGACUUCUCCGCCAACCACCAUGUACUCGCCCAGUCACUUGGCAUUCUCCAACAACACCCCCCUUCUGCAGCCCCAGGCAACAUCUGCACAGGUUUCGCCUAUUGGAUCUCUUCCUCCUCUAGGACCCAUUGUGCAACGCAAGCGAAGCACUGAUCACAGCGCUGAACCGCCAAUGAAAAGACAGGCCCAUGGAUUCGCACCUGGACCUUACGCUAAUGCUCCACUUGUAUCGACAUUGCAAACGCCCAUCAACAAGUCGUUCGAGCCACCGCCAUCGGUCAACAGAUUGCCCCCCCUGCCAAGCCUUGCUAUUCCACUUCCACAGCAACAGCACAUGCCUGCUACUCAGGUCAGGAGCUGGUCAGAUCUGCCUUUGCCGGCCUCUGGCAACCGUUCCAUGGCCAUGGUGUAUCCACCGCCGGUCCAGUGGCAGCAGCCAGUCAGUACACCAACCUCCUCGGCUACGACUCCCUUCUCUACGCACCACACACCUACCGCGGAUCGCUCUCGCCAGAUCAGUCCCUUCGGGCACUCGAAUAACUCAUCUCCGACUAGUGCCUCUUUCCCCGCUGCACCACGACAAUUGUCUCCCUCUUACUUCUUGAACCAGCGACAGUCACCGUACCGUCCGGUCCGCGGCGUACACACCCUGCUAGUGCCUCCGCCACAGGCUUCUAUUCAGAACCCUGCUCGCAACAUCUCCUACGACCAGAUGCACUACCACCCUCUCGGUCGUCCAAUGACUGACCGUCGAGCUGGUCCCCUGCCGUACAUGGACCACAGCGCGUGGCCCGAGCAGCACCAGUUCAACCAACUCCCCGUCCCUCAGCAGCCGGUCUUCCGUUGA